AUGUUAAUCAUUGAAAUACCAUCAUUACUUUGCACUCUUUUCUUGCUCUAUUAUUUGUUUUCUGAUCGAACACUUCGAUUAGCUUUACACAAUCAUGUCAUUAUGAUUUUACUUGUUUUGACUCUUGUCUAUGAACUUAUUGCCAUGCCAUUGUAUUUAAAUUAUUUUCGUACUGCUACCAUUUGGCCAUCUUUACCUGGGAUUUGUCUAAUGAUGUGGAUGAUCGGAUUUGGGUGUUAUAAUACAUGUACAAUUCUAGUAGCAUGGGCAUCAAUUGAGAGACACAUUCUUGUUUUUUACCAUCGAUUAUUGACCACUCGAAUCCAACGCAUAUUCAUUCAUUAUCUACCUCUAGUUGCUAUUUUGACUUACACAACUGUCUUUUAUGUCAAAGUUAUCUUAUUUUCCAAUUGUGAAAACAGAUUUAAUUAUAGUUUAGAAUUAUGUGGUGCAAAUCCUUGUUAUCAAACUGAUCCAUUUCUUGCCAUGUGGGAUGUUCUUCUUAAUGGUGUCAUUCCAACAUUUGUUAUUGGUUUAUUCAGUUUAAUUUUAUUACGUCGUGUUAUUCAACAGAAACGAACAGUUGGUUGUCGACUCGAAUGGAAAAGAUAUCGUAAAUUAACUCUUCAACUUCUGUCAGUUGCUUCACUUCAUUUUUUCUUUGAUUUUCCAUUAACACUCGUCAGAUUUGUUCAGUUAACUGGUCAUCGUGGUUGGGCAAUCGAAAUUGAAUCUGUUUUCUUUUUCACAUCUUAUUUUGUUUUGCUUCUACAACCAUUUGUUACUUUGAAUUCAAUACCAAAUAUUGGCAAGAAGUUUAAAAAGCUUAUGUCUAGACAAAGAAGAUCAACUGCUAUUCCAUUAACUAACACAAAAACUAAUAGACGUAUUGCCAUAGCUCCUAUUGCUUAA